AAAAAGUUUGAUGAGGUAGAGAUGGGGUGGCAGAUGGCGGACCUUGGAAGAUGCGAGGUCGUGAGGGUGUGUUACUAUGAAUCGUCCCCAACGUGACCCCGGUAUCAAUGCUCUUGCGGCCAGCCUCAAGCUCAGUCUCCUCACUCCCUGUUCUCAGCAUACAUGACAGCAUACAUGACAGCCCCCGCUUUGCUAUAGCCUGAAGCGUGGCUUGCGCUACCAGUCGGCAUCAUUCGCUUGAAACGAAGACAUGGCUGCGUCAAUGGAUUAUGUAGCUGGGAUAGCGGCGGAGUUGGGGCGCGCAAUCAGACAUUCCCAUCGUCCCAAGCUCGACGUGAUUUCUGUGUCCUUUAGAAUAGGCGGGAGAAUAUCACGAGGACCCCAUGGAAGGCCGAUAUAAAAGCUCCGCAAACCCACCAGCCCUACCGUGUUGCACAGACACGGACGUGGGUCUGCUCACUACCCUCGACUGCUCGACUGUCCCCGACAGAGACAUAGCCGUGGAGUCCAGCACGCCCGACAUCAGGCACUUCACGCCGGAGACCAUACGCGCUUGCAAGGAGGAGCAGUGCCCAAUGCCGCACGCGAUGGUACCAGACGAGCUAGAGCGCGUCGCCGACCGGAGAAUUGUCUCCACUCGCACGUUGGGAUGCUGCAGGUUGCACAAUCUAGCCGUGUGAGCCUGUUUCGCCUGAAAUGCCUGGGAGCAUAGCAUCCGCAUUCAGAAAUGUCAGAUCUUGCAUGAGCUCCUGCAGGAGCAGUUGGCCUCUAAACAACGGAAGAGGAGUGCGUCGCUUGCCAUGAUCGAGAGUGCAAAUUACCACCAGUAAGAUGAGCCCGAGCGUAUGGUGCAUAGUUUGCGUAAAAUAUC